CAAAACACCGUUUUUUCUGUUCCGUUACCUGCUCGUUGUCCCUCUUUAGCGAGCAUUUACUAAGAGAUCUGAGGUAAAAUAUGCAGUUGGUGACAGCAAUGACGCGGUUCAUGGUGGCCGGCGGAUUCGGCGCGCUCGUCAACUGCGCCCUCGCCAACUACUUCACCACGCAAGUGGACCUCCUCCACGAGAUAUUUCUCCACCCCGUGGCCGCCGCAGGCUUCUUCAAGACCCUUCUGUGCGGAUUUUUCGGCGGGACUCUGCUACUGCUCGUGUGGCAGUUCGUCAAGGUGCGGAUGGUUCGCUACCUCUUCCAGUGCAACGGCUGGUUCCUACACCCGAAACGCCCGUUGAAUAAGAUAUGGCUACUGUUGGUGAUAGCUCUUCUGGGCCGAAAAGACAAGGGCUCCAUGCAGUACCAAGACUAUCUCCCUUCCUAUCCGCUGCCCUCGCUCAAGGAAACCUGCAACAAGUAUCUGAAAAGCGUGAAGCCACUGCUGAGCAGGGAAGACUACCAGGAGACGGAGAAGGCAGUUCAGAAGUUUAUCAAGAAAGAUGGAAGGAGGCUUCAACUUAUUCUUAGGCUCAGAGCAUUCCGAAACCGAAACUGGCUGAAUGAGUGGUGGCUGGACUAUAUCUACAUGAAGCAGAGGACACCCAUAUGCUUCAACUCCAAUUACUUUGCAACUGGAGGAAAGGUUCUUCUAACAACUUCUCAACUGGACCGAGCAGCCAUGAUCAUUUAUAGCACCACCAUGUUCUUUGUCAAGCUAAGAAAAGGUGGACUUGAAAACCCACGAGCUGCCAAUAUCGUCCCAUUCUGUUUGGACUGCCACCAGUAUCUGCAUGCAACAGUCAGAGAGCCGGGAGAAGAAAUCGACAAAAUAGUCAACUACUUUGGUGCAGAGCCACUAACCCAUUUCGUAAUUAUUAGGAGAGGCAAGUACUACAAGCUGCAGGUUCUCUCAGUAGGCGGCCAGGUUCAGUCACCUCUGGGAAUCAGACGAGGUCUGGAGAAGAUCAUGGAAAUGGCAGGAGAUGAUGAUGAUGAAAGUGGGGUUGCUUCAUUUACUGCACUGCCGCGGACUCAGUGGGCCAAGAUUCACGGUCGUAUGAAGGAGAAGGAGGUGAACAAGGAGACACUGCGGACCAUUGGUUCCUCCAUUGGUCUAAUUGCCCUUGAGACACAGGAUAUGGACAACGAUGACAUUGAAAAGCAAGCCAAGUUCCUGUUCCACGGAGAUCUCCAUAAUCGCUGGUUUGACAAAUGCAUCACGUUGUCCGUUGCCUCUUCGGCCGUCGUCGGAGCAAAUGUCGAACACUCUGCCCUCGACGCUACUGUUGCAGGUCAGAUGUGGGAAUAUGUGAUGACGGAUGAAGAAUACGACGAGAGAGGGCGAGUCAUCGAACCAUUCCGGAAUCAACGUGCCUUCCCGGUUGCCCCGCCCACUCAUCUCCAGUGGGACCUGAAUGGACUGGAGGAAGACUUGGAGCACUCGAAGGCCCACCUCCGUCAAAUGAUCGCGGACUCUGACCUCGUUGUGAUACAGACAUACGGGAAGGCUGUCCCCAAGAAAUGCCGACUCAGUCCCGACGGCUGGUUCCAGAUGGCUAUGCAACUGGCUCAUUAUCGGAAGUACAACGAAAAUGUCCUUACUUACGAAUCCGCCACGACAAGGCUCUACUACAAAGGACGCACAGAGACCAUUCGUCCAGUGACUGAGAAAUCUGUCCAAUUCUGCAAGGCCUUUGAUGACAAGAGUGUGCCCCCAGAAGACGUCAAGAAAUAUCUAAAGGAGGCUACUGAUCUGCAGUGUCGUUACAAGAUGGAGGCGAUGCGAGGACUCGGAGUGGACCGCCAUUUGUUUGGACUCUACUGCGUUGCCAAGGGAACCAACACUGACCCUCUUCCCGACCUCUUUACUGACAAGGCGUUCAAUCUCAGGUUCAACCUCUCGACCUCGCAGACUCCGGUACGGACCACGGACCGAUGGCGACUGGAACGCUCGUCAGUGUGUGGUGGGUUUGGAACGGUGACAGACAAUGGAUACGGCGUGUCGUACCUCGUCUACGACGACUACGUGACAUGGAGUGUUCACAGCAAACGCUCAAGCCCGCGCACCGACUCACAGGAGUUUGCAGAGUGCAUCAGACAAGCCAUGGACGACCUGCGAAGGCUUUUUGACGCCUGAUGCACACUACAUUCCAACUCAUCCACAUGCAACACAAUGUACAAGACACACAGCAGAGCAGAACAAAAAACAGUGUAGUUGUAGAUUGAUGGACACAACAAAAGAUCCCCUUAAUUUAAUUUUUUGUAUAAUUAUACGUGCCUUAGCUUUUCUAAAGCAGGCCUGCGCCAUACUGCGCAUGCGCCAAAGAUUGCGCUUGUGCGCAGGACGGCGGUACAAAAACGUCUUGUAGACCGCAACACACUUGUGUGGUGGAAAGGAUGGCGGAAAGA